AUCCCACGGAACGUUAAAAUACAUUGCACCAUCCCAUUUGUCUAUUUCUUCAGGCUAUCUCUGCUGAAAGAGCUUUUAGAAAGAAACUGUCAAUAGAAACCUGGGCUUCCUCAGCAGAGCAAAGCCUUGAGAAGAACACAAUUUGCUGUUUUGUAUUUGAAUGCGCAUGUGUGCGUCCUUUUAAAACUCUUUCCAUCUGUACAAUGACAGAUUUCAGAUUGGAGUUAAUCUGAGCAUGGAAGACUACGCCCUGGCAUUUGGAAUUAAACCCUUCAUUGCCUUGAUGAUUCAACCCAUCAUGACUAUGACUGUGGUUGACAACAAAGGACUGGGGCUUCCCUUUGACAUUCAGCACAAAGCAAGGCCCUCGCCAAAAGCCAGCCAGAUGCUGCCCCCUGAUCUUGGACCUCCCAGCUUCCAGAACUUCUUCACCUGUAGAACUGCCCCCUCCCUUGUGAUGGUUCUCAGCUGGAAGAGUGGGGUCAGGAGAGAAGCAUCAGUUCAUCCAUCUUACACUAAGUAUUAAGUCCAUCUGAGAAACUAGAGCCUUGGGACCCAGGGAUGAGGAAACUUACGGUACAGACAUGCGGGCUGACCUUCACCCUGUGGGCCACGGCCUCUGCCAUGCAACUGCACAAGCUUCAGCCUGAAACUCUCUCUGGCAUCGCCCUAAACAGACCAAGCGUGAAGGAGGGAGCAUGUAAUGAAAAGUCCACAGAGAACAAGAAGCCACAAGAUUCAGUGCUCUGAAGCCAUUCUAGAUGGUUUCAGGGAAACUAGCUUCCCACCUCUGAUAGGGAUACCAUGGCAAAUACCACACUUUGCCUAGGAUGAUCAUUCUCUGUGCACAACGCAUCCCAUCCCAAAGACAGUACACAGCUGGACUUGCUCCAUCUCUGAACUGGUCUUACCCCCUUAAACCUGCCUUUAUAUCUAGGAGUUUCUUUAUUUUAUUUUUUUGAGACAGAGUCUCGCUCCAUUGCCCAGGCUGGAAUGUAAUGGCGCUAUCUCAGCUCACUGCAACCUCCACCUCCUGGGUUCAAGCGAUUCUUGUGCCUCAGCCUCCCAAGUAGCUGGGAUUAAAGGCAUGUGCCACCAUGCCUGGCUAAUUUUUGUAUUUUUAGUACAGAUGAGGUUUCACUAUGUUGGCCAGGCUAGUCUCAAACUCUUGACCUCAAGUGAUCUGCCAGCCUCAGCCUCCCAAAGUGCUGGGAUCACAGGUGUGAGCCAGCAGGCCCGGCCUACAUCUAGGAGUCUCUUGAUAAGUGUUGGUCAACAGAAAGAAGAAGUCUCUUCUAAAAAUUGUUAAUGCUUUUAUAGACUACUCAUGGUCUGAGUCAUAAAACAUCAUUUGCCUUUCAAUUUAUACCUUCCAAGUGAAUGAUGAGUAUUGAGGAUUAUCUAAUUAUUAUCUACUUUUCUCUCUGGCUAUAAAAAACACCACAGAUCCUACACACACAAAAAUGGUUUUUCUAUCAGAAAUGGAUUCACUUGUCUGACAAAAAGACACAGAUUAGAUUAUUCUAAUCUCAAGUCCCCUUAGGCUUAUGAAUUCAAAAAAAAAAAAUAGAAGAAAUGAAUGAAAACAUAAAUCACAGAUUAAGUUAUUAAGUAAUAUCUGAAAUGAAUUAGGAAGAAACCAUAAGCCUUAACAAUACUCCAAUCACGGUUAAAUUAAUUUAGAAAGAAAAGCUAAUAGCAACUGACUUGAAAAUAAGAAGUGGGGCCCAAGAUGGGUACAAGAAAGCCAGGAGGGCUAAGAUAAAGCCCAAAUCCAAUGUUCAUCAAUGCCUACACAGUCAGUAAAACCUGAUGGCAUUAAUUUUGUGGUUAGGGAAAUGUGAAAGCUAACUCGAUAAUACCACAGUUCUAAAUGUGCACUGUUGGCUGAAUUUAUGGUGUGGUGGGGGGUGAUAAAAAUUAGGCUUCUAAGAAAGGAUGGAACUCUGCCCUCCAGGCAAGGAGUAAAUGGCCUCGGUAGAUGGAAAUCUAAAGCAAAUGUAGUCACCCGCAUUUUGCAAAGAGGUGUGUUUCUGAAAAAUUGUUCAAAUCAGUUCUUUGUGAAUAAAACGGGAUUUUGAAUGCA